UUUCGGUAUACAUAACUCGUUUCGACGGUGGCAAUUAAUGCGAUGUGUCGCUAUAUUCAUUCAAUGCUAAGGAAUUACCACUGAAAGUAAUCGUGAAAUGGGUUUGCUGCAAUGUUUUAGAUAUGUGUCGGACUUCUCUGUGCCCCUCAUGCACCUAUCACCAACUUCCUUCCGUCGACAAGCAUCUCGCAUCACCCUCGUCGUCAAGACGCAGACAGCUAAAAGCAGUGCUUGCAUCAGCCGCUACUAUACUGCUACCUCGCUAACUCAAACAAGCUUCGUAUCAUUUAUUAUUUCUAUUGUUGCAUAGGAUACGCGUGUUUUUCUUCCUGGCUUUUCAGCCCUAUAGAAAGCCAUGUUGUGUCUCCAUUUCUGUGAAGAAACUGUUGGACAUAAAGAAGACGAGGGCGCGCGAUGCACGAUCAACGGCCACGAGCUCUGUCACGCUCCAUUGCUGCCACGGCUAGGAACUGUUAGACGUCUGGGCUGGAGUCUGACCACCGUCAUUUGGUUAGAUUUCAUUUGAUGCGGGAACCCCUAACCCCCGUGUCAACCGGGCAAGGCGCGUUGCAGCGUCUGGCCCAGCUCCGUUCCAGGGAUUGCGCCUUUUUCCUGCGUCCAACCUGGGGCAAUCGAGCUCCGCGGUGGGUGAUGCCGAUGAACCUGAAACGACGGCGAUGUUGCAACGAAAGCGUCGACGAAAUGGAACCACAGAACGGUCGCUUCAACGACGGCGCCCCAUACCUAGUCGGCAAUUGUCUCAGCCUGUGCCUGUCGGUCAACCUGAGCUACCAUCACGGUAUCCUGAGCCAUUUCCGGGUGGACCACGACAAGUCAUGCUGGUGCCGCACGGCCAACGGUUGCUUCCUCCACGCAGAGCUCUCCCGAUGGAACGAGUUCCUGUGGGCCAUCAACUUCGAGCUACGCGAAGCCAGUCCAUGUCGGCGGGCGUUGGUGGGUUUUCGUGGAGGCACGAUUCCAGUCGUGUCCAAACUGCAGCGCAGACACUCGUUCGCGCUGGUCCACUGGCUGCCCAUGAAGUACCGCAGCAUGGUGUUCGUGGAGCUGUGCGAGUUGGGAAUCGAACAAGACCGCUUCCUGAUCCGGGAGUGCCUCCGGCUGAGCCGCGACACGGUGCACGGGAAGCAGUGCAACUCCCUGUUAUACGACUGCCUGACCAGGGACCUCAACGAUGCACUCCGCUCCACGGCGACCGCUGUCGACAUGCUGCAAAUCAUGAGCAUGCGCUUCUCCAGCGUCCGCGUGCCCAUGCUAUGAGCUGCUUUGCCAGUGCGAAGCAGCGACCAUCUGCACGAGUACGUCGUGUACGCGAUCAGCAAGUGUCCCAGCCUAUGCCCGCCGGUCAACCAGCUCUUCUCGAACCUUUGUUACCUUCGGAGCAUUCUCAGCCAUCGUCAGGUGAACUACGCCAAUUCGUGCAAGGCCAGCGCAGUCAACGGCUGCUUCGUCUUCGGGGAGCUUUCCCUAUGGAACGAAUCCCUGUGGGUCAUCAACUUCGAGCUAUACAUCAAGUCACAUAAGGACGGCUGGCCCUGGCGGUAUGCGUGGACACGUGGUUACCGUCAAGUACAACCUGCAACGCAGUGUUGGUCCACUGGCUGUUCUGGAGCACCGCUUCAUCGACUCCGUGGAGCUGUUCAAGUUGCGCAUCUCGCAAACCCACUUCCUGUUCUGGGACGGCGUCCGGCAGAAACGCAACCUGCAGGAUUACUACCCCCCCAAGGAUCUCACCGUAGCGCUCCGCUCCAUUGUGACCACGUUUAACACGGUGGAGAUUUUGAGCGUGCGAUCUUUGGUCGUCGGCGUGCAGAUAAAUGGCGAGCUAUUCGGCAGGUGCGAAGCCUUUCGCACUUACUCGUGCUACGUUAUGGCCGACCAUUGUCUCUCGCACCGUGAUCGUCGAGUAUCACGUCGGAACGUGAUCGUCGUGAGCCGCUGCACGCCUUGUGCGGGCCACCCUAUGGGUUCGCGGCGGUGUUCGCCGCGUCGCCGACCGGUGCGCGCUGCUCGAGACAUUCGAGGUUUACAAUUCUGAACUUAAUGAAACGGAUCUCGUCUACUUAUCCAGGGCGCUGAGCGUCAGUGCGAAUGUGAUCAGGCUGACAGUCAUUUUCACCGGCCACCUUUGUCCGAUUUCCAAGAGAGGCCGUGAAAUAUGCCACGCCACACAAUGACUUCUUGCGCCUUUUCGCUUGGACGAGGAGUGCGGCCUUCUGCUACAUCUUUCUUGGCCGAUAAUUUUGGUUUUUCAGAUAUAAAUAACUUAGGUAGCUUAAGAAAAGUAAUCUGCCAGUAUAGACUUACUAAGCGAAUGCUUUUUGUGUUCUUUUAGCUUCUGAUCUCAACCGGCUGUGCUCGAAGUGGCUAAUUUCGGCUUAGCUACUCUUUUAUAAACAUGUGAAACGUAUAACUGUUUUCUGUCUUUAUCGUCAACCCUUGUUGCGCGAGAACGCUGAGCAGGUAAGUUGCCUUGGUCCGCGGUGGCUGUGAGUAUGUCCUACUAUGCGGUAAUCCAAAACAAGAGUGAUGUUCACAGGAAAAUAGAGGUUUGAACAGAUUAACAGUGGUAAAACAAACAAUGUCAAUGUAGCCCACGUUUCGACAAGUGGGCGUUUCUUCCUCAGGGCAUUUAACUUUAAGCGUCAAACUUUUGAUCACUGUAACAUGCUUAAACCGUUCUGCGAACUAAGGAGAGCCACAUUCGGGCACUCUACUUCCAUAAUAUAGUGCCAAUCUGUGCAUGGGAUCACUGGAGUUAAGUGGCGUUUUUGGGACAAUGUAUUCGGUCCCUCAGUCGCAUAUAUUGGCAGAACCUGUGGCCAA